UUUAGUAGCCGUCAGAAGUUUAGGCAAGACUUCAGCAAGUUUCGUACUACAGUAAAAUUCAUUCUCCAUGGUUUCUCUCUCCUUCAUCAACAACAACAACUGCUCUGGAAAUUUCGGGGACUUUUCUCUCUCUUAUUGACUGCACCUUCUCUCUCAUCAUCUUCUACUGCUAUCCUCCAUUUCUAUAACCCUGUAGCUAACUAAACCAAACCCCCAAAACCCUGUUUUUCUCUCUCUAAAAAACCCGAAAAUGUUCCCACGGUCAAAGGAGAGAGAAAAUCAGAGGAUAACUAGCUUGACACUACUAGGGUUUCUAAUCUUGACAUGGGUUUCUUCAAUUGAAUCCAGAUUUGUUGUGGAGAAGAACAGCUUGAGGGUUACGUCACCAGAUGACGUAAAGGGUACUUACGAUAGUGCAAUUGGGAACUUCGGGAUUCCUCAAUAUGGUGGUAGUAUGGCUGGGACUGUAAUUUAUCCCAAGGAUAAUAAAAAGGGGUGUAAGGAUUUCAGUGAUUUCAGCAUUUCUUUCAAGAAGAAGCCUGGUCAAUUACCCACCUUCGUUUUGCUCGAUCGCGGAGAUUGCUUUUUUGCUUUGAAGGUGUGGAAUGCGCAGCAGGCUGGUGCAGCUGCUGUCCUGGUUGCAGAUGAUGUUGAUGAAGCGUUGAUAACCAUGGAUACACCUGAAGAAGAUAGUGUAUCUGCAAAGUACAUUGAGAACAUUACCAUUCCCUCUGCACUUAUAGAGAGGAGUUUUGGUGACACACUGAAGAAAGCAUUCAAAAAGGGGGACAUGGUAAAUGUGAAUCUUGACUGGAGAGAAGCUGUUCCUCAUCCUGAUGAUCGAGUUGAAUAUGAGCUGUGGACAACUAGCAAUGAUGAAUGUGGGGUGAAAUGUCAGAUGUUGAUGGGAUUUAUGAAGGAUUUUAAAGGUGCUGCUCAGAUACUUGAAAAGGGUGGUUAUACACAGUUCACGCCGCAUUAUAUCACAUGGUAUUGUCCUCAGGCUUUCACAAUAAGCAAACAGUGCAAAUCCCAGUGCAUCAAUCAUGGAAGAUAUUGUGCACCAGAUCCUGAGCAAGAUUUCAGCAGAGGCUAUGAGGGUAAGGAUGUGGUGGUUGAAAACUUGAGGCAGCUCUGUGUCUAUAAAGUUGCAAAUGAGACAAGAAAGCCAUGGAUUUGGUGGGAUUACGUCACUGAUUUCCAGAUUAGAUGUCCCAUGAAGGAUCAAAAGUACAAUAAGGAUUGUGCUGAAGGGGUGAUCAAAUCAUUGGGAAUUGAUUUGAAGAAAAUCGAGAAAUGUAUGGGGGACCCAGAAGCUGAUUCUGAUAAUCCUGUAUUGAAAGAAGAGCAGGAGGCACAGAUUGGAAAAGGAGCAAGGGGUGAUGUAACCAUAUUGCCCACACUUGUUGUUAACAAUCAUCAAUACCGAGGAAAGUUGGAGAAAGGAGCUGUAUUGAAGGCUAUUUGUUCCGGUUUUGAAGAAACUACCGAACCUGCUGUUUGUUUGAGUGAUGAGGUUGAAACAAAUGAGUGUUUGGAUAACAAUGGUGGCUGUUGGCAAGACAAAGCCUCUAAUGUUACUGCUUGCAAGGAUACUUUUCGUGGAAGAGUAUGUGAAUGCCCCCUUAUAAAUGGUGUGCAGUUUCAAGGGGAUGGCUACAGUUUAUGCAAACCAAAUGGACCUGGUAAAUGCAAGAUAAACAAUGGUGGAUGUUGGCAUGAGAGCCGUCAUGGGCAGACGUUUACUGCUUGUGUGGAUCACGAGGAUACCUGCAAAUGUCCUGCAGGGUUCAAGGGUGAUGGUGUGAAUAGCUGUGAAGACAUUGAUGAAUGCAAAGAGAAAACAGCUUGCCAGUGCUCUGACUGUAGCUGUAAGAAUACAUGGGGUAGCUAUGACUGCUCAUGCAGCGGGGAUCUGUUGUACAUGAAGGACCAUGAUACCUGCAUAAGUAAAUCGGCUGCACAGGCAAAAUCGACCUGGGCUGCUGUAUGGCUAAGUUUGAUAGGUUUGGCUAUGAUUGCUUCUGGGGGUUAUCUCUUUUACAAGUACAGGAUCAGGCAAUACAUGGAUUCAGAAAUUAGAGCUAUAAUGGCUCAGUACAUGCCGCUGGACAGCCAGACAGAAAUUGUAAAUCAUUCUGAUGAUCGUGCAUGAGAACGUCGAGUGCUGUACUGUUAUUUCUGAUCAAAAGGGGAUGUUGGCUUGUUUAUUUGCCCUUCCCUAUCAUCCAUCCAUCCAUCCUUUGGGUUUGAGUGUACACUACCACCUCUUUGUAAUUAUGCCGGAGAAUAAGAUUACCAUAGGAACUUCUUUUUCCCCCCAGUUAUUUUAUAUGCACUGUAACUUGUUACUGUUGUAGAGGGGAAGUUGCCGAGUGGAAUUGACAAAAGUUGCCAAAUAGACUGCUGACUACCGGUUUCCCUGUCCAAAUAGAAAUUCUGUAUCUACUUAAAUCCUUACGCUUUCAUUGCCUUUCUUUUUUAUAGUUUUGUUGGAUUCACUUUUUGGUGCGUCAACUUUGAUUGACGUGAUUAAAAUAUGUCUAGGACCAUUUUUGUUAA